GACCGGGAACGCUCGCUGCUCGGCCGCUGCGGGUCUGACAUCCACCAAAAUGAGCGGCCUGGAUGGGGGCAGCAAGCUCCCCGUCGCCCAAGCCACGGCUCCCGGCGAUGUGCCGGCAGAUCCGAAUCUAAACCGGUGCCAGGGCGUCGGCGAGGCGGCGCCGGUGAUGGCGGACUCAGGUGAGCGCGGUCCGGAGGAGGCCGCAGCGGAGGGCGGCGCGCCCCGGGAUCCCGGGCCGGGGGAUGCCGAGCCCCCAUCCUCGGGCUCGGGCGCGGCCGCCUCCGGCACUGCGGCUGCGGAGAAAGAUGACCCCAGCCGGAAAGAUGGCGAGCCGCGCAGCCCCGCCGGGCCCAAGGCUCUGGAAGCCUGCGACGCCGCGGGGUCGGGGGCCCCGAGGAUCCCUGGAGCCAAGGCCAAGGAGACCACGACCAAGAAGGGCGCCAUGGCGGCCGCGGCGGCCGCGGAGGGCGAGGCGGAGGCGGCGGCGGCGGCGGCCGAGGAGAAGAAGGCGGCCCCCAAGGAGAAGAAGGCGGCGGCGGGCGGGAAGGAGGAGCCGCGGGCCCGGGCCCCGAAGAUCAACACCUGCAUGGACUCGCUCGAGGCCAUCGAUCAGGAGCUGUCGAACGUCAACGCCCAGGCCGACCGGGCCUUUCUGCAGCUGGAGCGCAAAUUCGGGCGGAUGCGGAGGCUCCACAUGCAGCGCCGGAGCUUCAUCAUCCAGAACAUCCCGGGGUUCUGGGUCACCGCGUUUCGGAACCACCCGCAGCUGUCGCCCAUGAUCAGCGGCCAGGACGAAGACAUGAUGAGGUACAUGAUCAACCUGGAGGUGGAGGAGCUCAAACACCCCCGAGCCGGCUGCAAAUUCAAGUUCAUCUUCCAGAGCAACCCCUACUUCCGAAACGAGGGGCUGGUCAAGGAGUACGAGCGCCGAUCCUCGGGCCGCGUGGUGUCCCUGUCCACGCCCAUCCGCUGGCACCGGGGCCAGGACCCCCAGGCUCACAUCCACAGAAACCGGGAGGGCAACACCAUCCCCAGCUUCUUCAACUGGUUCUCAGACCACAGCCUCCUGGAGUUCGACAGGAUCGCCGAGAUCAUCAAAGGCGAACUCUGGUCCAACCCCCUGCAAUACUACCUGAUGGGUGAAGGGCCCCGAAGAGGCUUUCGAGGCGCCCCGAGGCAGCCCGUGGAGAGCCCCAGAUCCUUCAGGUUCCAGUCUGGCUAAAAUGAGCCCCGGCCCUCCUGACAAGCUCCCGCUCACGUUUCUUCACCACCCUCCUGUGCUUGGCCGGCAGCAUGCACCCUUCUGUCUGCUUUCUCUCGUACUGAGUUAAUGUGGUCCUGUGGUUCCAGGUCUCCAGCCGUUGAUGCUGAGACGGUCGGACUGUCGAUGAUCAGUGUAUAGACGCCUGUGCUCUUCUUCCUCUGCACUUUUUCCUGCUGUUCCGCAUCACAGCUAGCGCCUUCCGAGUGCAUGGCCUCUCUCCUGCUUUUAUUGCCAAGUUCCGGAUGGUUCGGACUGCUCUCCUUUGCAUGGCUUGGACCCCUCCCCCCCUGUCUGUGACGGUGGUCUGCUCCCUGUUUGUCGACGUGGUUCUCUGCCACGAGGAAGCGCGACCCAUCUUUAUGAAUAACCAGCCUGGCUUCAUGUGCUAUGGCCGGCUCUGCUCCUGAUGUCCUGGCAACGACGACAAGCUCUUUGAGUCUCACCACUGCAAGAUGAAACUGACAUGCCAACCCAGCCAUCAACCCCAACUGCACAGUCCAGGCAGCCACUAAGUUGGGUCCAGCUGCUUUGCUGGCUGCUUCUAUCUAUCCUGCUUGUUAAUCUGGUAGGACAAGCAGGAGGCUGGUGGGAGGUGUGUGUGUGUGUGUGUGUGUGUGUGUGUGUGUGUGUGUGUGUGUGAUUUCUAGGCAUGAAUGAAGUAACGUGAGUUUUAUGUUACCAUGUUGGUCUUCUUGUACCUUCAGUUUACUGUGCAUCGUGAUCGGCUACUGGUGAUUAUGGAGGCCUAUGUUUGGCUGCCUCAGUACUACCUAUGGACUUAGGCUUUCAGGCAGCAUACAGGACCCUCCCGCCCCCUGAUUUCCCACAAAUCCAAUUGGCUGAGUCACUUUGAACCUGUAUUCUUUCUCAGCCCUACAACUAACCACCCUUACUAUAGAUAGUGCCUCCUUUGCCUCUUCCACAGCCUCUCUGGUCAUGACAAAGUUGCACGAGUAGGGACACUGAGAAAUAUGGUUUCCUAUCCCCCUCCCUCUUCUUCCUUUUCUUUCUUGGAAGCAGUUACAGCUCACACAGAGAACCAAACCAGGCAGAGCAGGUGAUGGGUUCAAGACCCUCCCUCCUCCCCCCCAGUCCGAGGGUGUGAACUAAAGCAACUAAGAAUUCCUUUCACUUUUCUUAAGGAUGCCAGCUUUUUCUUUGUCUUUGGACCUUUGGGCUGCAGAAAUGAUCUACCAACAGCAUUUCUGGCCUGUAUUAUUUCAUUACUGGCUCUAUCCUACUGCCUGGCCUUCGGAGCGCUCACUUGGCAGCUUUUGCAUUUCCUUCCCUGCAUUUAUCUUCACAAAGGAGGGCACAGGCUGCGUGCAGCUGGCAUUGUGGGUAGACCCCAGGGUUCCUCUGGAGGAUGAAGGGAAUGAGGGAACAUGGGAAGUCUGGGUUUCCAGGGUAAGUCCUUGGACGUGAGUCUCAGCGCUGCUGGGGCAGUUUUAAUGUGAAGGGGUGUGGUGGUGUGACCAUCAGCCCUCACUUUUCCUCUCCUACUUUGAAGGCUUUGCCCUAAGCUCUCCAGGGGUUUGGGCACAAUCAGUGGGUGAUUGCUGUAGGCUGGAAUCUAAGUAAAGGCCUAGAUGCAGAGGUGGAGAAAGCAAGCUUCCCCAGGCCCACAGGAAAAGAUGCCCUGCAGGGUUUCUGAUGGGGGAAGGGCAGAGCCUGAGGCACUUUGUCAGUAGAGGUGGGAGAAUCAAAUAGGAUGCUCAGAGCAGAUGGUCCUCCAGUUCUUCCUAACUCCUUGAAUUCACGAGUAGAAUUUUAUUAAUACUAGUCUGGGUGUUUUCUCUAUGAUUCUAGUAGUGUCCUUUAUAAAUGUGGGAGAUUAUGGUAUAUGCUCCUUAUUUCACUGUGUUAGGAAAAUCCUAUUCCUUUCUCCAUUUCGGCCUACUGACAAAAUUGAUGUUUACAGCCCUGCUUUCUGCUUGUCAUUGUGAACACGUGCAAAAAAUAUUGAAAUUUGUGUUCUGUGCAGUAUGAAGACUUCUGUGAAUAUUCAUUAACUAGAUUAACUUGUUCUGGUCUUUGUCAGUGUAUAGUUCUAAUCUUAGAAAUAUAAUUUGAAUAAUGUGAUCUGUGAAGAGUUUAAAGACUUUGCAAAUUGUUUCUAUGUCUCGUAAAAGUAUUCUCAAAAAGAAAAAUGUAAUUGUUGUCUUACUUGAUAUCUCUUGCCCAAAUAAUAAUGUACUUGAUACUAUGUUCCUAACCAGUGUAGGGAUUAGUAGAAUCACUGUCACACUAAAUGAGAAUCACUACUACUUUGUCUCUCUCCUAUGUGCUUGAAGGAAAAAAAUGUGACUGACACACUUCUUGUUUCCCUUCCUACAAUAAAAAUGAAUAAAAAGUUC